ACUGAAGCAACAGGAGCAGAGACCAACUCUUUUCUGUCUGAAGCCUCCAAAACCCGAAGCAUGCUGUAUGUGUACAUUUUCCUACUGGUGGCCCUGAGCAGAGGGGGACUGGGCUCUGUGCAAGACAAGCAGACUGACUUUGGCCUGAAAGUCUUCUCCCAGAUGUCCCAAGGUUUUGUGGACAAGAACCUGGUCCUCUCCCCAUACGGUGUGACCAGCAUUAUGUCCAUGGCUCAACUCGGUGCUAAUGGAAGCACACGCAAGGCCUUAACUACUGCCAUGGGCUUUUCUCUCCGAGAGCGAGGAAUGCCUCGGCAGCAGCGGCUCAUCCAGCGAGCUCUGGUCACGGAGGACGGGGUGGAGAUAGCCAGCGGGGUGAUGGUGGAGAGAAAGAUGAAUCUGGAGAAGGGAUAUCGCCGUGCCCUGUCUAAGAGCUUUCAAACCUACCCCCAUCAGGUGGACUUCACUAAUCCAGACCAGGCUGUCGGCAUUAUUAAUGCUUGGGUCUCAGACCACACUGCAGGUGCUAUCCCAGAGUUCUUGGCAUCUGGAACUUUAAACGAAGAGACUCGCUUGGUCCUCCUUAAUGCUCUUCACUUCCAUCGUUUGUGGAAGGUUCCGUUUGACCCCAGACURACCCAGGAGAGGAUGUUUCACUGUGCUAAUGGCAGUGCCACACCUGUGCUCAUGAUGAGACUGACUAACUACUUCAACUAUGGGGAGUUUGUGACUACCAGUGGGGUGGACUAUGAUGUGAUUGAGGUCCCAUAUGAAGGCGACUCACUGAGCAUGCUCCUGGUGUCACCAUUUGAACCUGAAGUCCCCCUCAGUGUCCUCAGUGCAGACUUGAGCAGUCAGAAGAUUCAGCAGUGGAGAUCAGAGAUGAGGAAUGUAAAGAGACAACUGGCAGUGCCGAGGUUUUCUCUAAAUUCUGAAGUGAAUUUGAAGACUGCUCUGAUUAACAUGGGUCUUGGAGACAUCUUCAACCUGGCUACUGCUGACUUCACACAUAUAACCUCCGAUGAGAGGCUUUGUGUGUCGAAGGUCCUGCAGAGGGUGAAGAUUGAGGUGAAUGAACAAGGAACCAAGGGAGCAUCAGCAACAGCGGCAGUCAUGUUCUCUCGUAUGGCAGUACCAGAGAUCACUCUGGACCGACCUUUCCUCUUCCUCAUUCAGCACAAACCCACCGGGGCUGUUCUGUUCACGGGUCAGUUUAGCCACCCUCCACAGCAGUAACAUGUGGAACAGCUGCUUUGUGUGACACUACUGCUGCUCAUCAUGACCUAUUCAGACCUGACAUCACAGACACUGUACGUUCACUGACACAUUUAUUUAUGGGGUUUGAUACUAGACUGACUAUGACUUAGUAAGGAGAGUUUAUAUGUUUGCUGAUUAUUUAUUUUUAAAUAUUUGUGGUAAAAGACAUAGAGAAACAGACUGCUGAUGGAAAAAAAUGCUGCAGACAAACCCAUUUGUUUUAUUUUCUGUGCCAAAUAUAUAUAUUUUUACAAUGUAUAAAGAUUGUAAACUACAUGUUGUGAUGUUCAUAUUUGUGCUGUUACAAAUUUACACAUGUAUUUUUGAAAUAUUUAUAUUUAUAAUAAAGUUUUGUAAUUUUGGUCAA